AUGGCCUCGUCCAUAACCUCCACAACCACGACCACCUCCGCCGCUGCGACAGAGCCAUCGCCUACCUCGCCAGCCUCAGUCGCGGCCUCUACGGCUGAAUCAGAGGUUUACCGGCCUACACACCCCAUUGCGCACCUCCAGGGCCCCUUCGAAGAGUCCAUCCUCGAGUCCAUCCACGGCUUCAACCAGCGCGUCCUCUCCCCGCCGGAUGCCGUUACCCGGCGCAAGCAGCUUCUCCAGAGUCCCAAGUACCAGCGGUCAUGCUCCGGCAAAUGGCAGCAGCGUGCCGGCGAGAGAUACCAUCCGCUCUGGAAAAUCAUGGCCCAGGUCUCCUUUGGCAUUCACCUACUCGCCACCGGCUCAGCCAGGUCAGAACUCGAGUCCGUCCAGAUCCUGCGAGUACACGUCGCCGAGAUCGAUGGCUUUGUACGCCGCACCAUGGAGGACUACCAGCUUGCCCACGAGGAUCUUACCGCGCGGUUCGAUCUGCUCGCCGUGCCCCUGGCCAAUCUGGACGUGCUCGACUCCAUGCUCGGCGACGAGUCCUUCAAACUCUUCCUCAUUGACUGCAUCAGCAAGAUAAACCAUGUCGUCCGCCGCUCGGAGAUUGCCCUCCAGGACUCCCUCAAGGAUCUCAGAAAGGCCGCCAUCGCCGUGCGCACCGUCAAGGACUACCUGAACAUCAUUCCGCAGCACCAACACACAUGGUCCCCGUCCUUCGGGGGCGUCUAUGCCGACAUGUUCCAACGUGUCGGCCUCUGGCUUACCAGUCUGUCGAAUCUCCAGGCCCAGGGUGUCCGCUUGGUCGAGUUUCUUGUCAAUCUCUCCUCUUCUAUCUCCCGGCUACGACUCCGGAUUGGCCUCAAUCAGGCUGGCAGUACGCGCUCUGUCACUCUUUCGCCGAAUAUGUUUCCUCCACCGCGGGCCGUGGUCUCCAUGGACAAUCUGCAUGAGGCCCACCAGCGAGCCUCCUAUGCAGACAAGCCUCUCCCGGACAUACGGCAGAGAAACCGCUCAAUCCUCUCCCUCAAGCGCUUUGGCGCAAAAUUACAGCACCGCUUCUCCUCCGUUAGCAACCAGCACCACUCUCCAACGCCCUCAAAAACGAACCUCUCCACCACAGGCUCUCCCAGGCCGCAUUCUCCCGUCCGAGCUCCCUCUUCUUCCGCAACUAUCACCUCUCCAUCCUCAAUAAGCAUACACACCACUACCCCUGACAUUCCAGACCUACCAGAGCUCGUUGGCUCUCAUCCUUUGCAGCCUCCCAAGAUCCCCGAACUGGUCGGCUCCCCCACGUCUCCAAAUAUUUCUGAACUUCCAGGCUCCUCCCCGACCAAGACCCAGGUGCUUAAGUCGGUCGAACUCGGCUCAUCCCUGGGCGAGAUCCCGCGAGACAGCAUCGACUCUCGCACCUUCGCAUACGAAAAUGUCGUUUCUCUCCCUGAAUUCGAACGUGGCGCUCCUCUAUCUUACAUCGAAAAACACUUUCCGGAACUAGCCCUUUCAGACAUCCCCAUCCACCAAUGGCCCACCCAAUCCUUCAAACCUCGCCAGCGGCCCCUAACUCCAGCCCAGCUUCCGCGCAGACAAACUACCGCCAAACUAAAGCCGUUCCUGCGAGGCCUCUUCUCAAAGUCGUCGUGCGUGCAGCCCACCAUCUCCGAGUCAGGCACGACAGGUGAUUGCUCUGAAAAGUCGCCCGUAUCCACUUCUAUCGAUCCUUCGCCCAUACAGAGGGCCAAGAACGAACCACCAAAUACCAUAUCUCUACGCACAUUGACCAAUAGCGAACCCCGGCUACCGCUUCCUGCUCCGUCCUUAUAUAAUCGAGAUACCAUCAACAGCUACAGCACUCCUUCGCGCUCACCUUCUACCGCUUCCCGAGCUACCGCCCUCACUUCGGAUGGAUAG